UGUGGAAGAGGCGCCCCAUUUUCCCAUGCCCGGAAUUGAGGGGCUCGCCUUUUGUCGCCCCCAGGCUCUUGACGGUGUGGAACGCACUGGGGAAGAAAGGCUGACGGCGGCGCUGGCGGGCGGGGCGUGCGCGGCGCUAGGACCCAGGAGGACGCAAGGCGGCUCUUAGAGCCAGAUUGCAAAUUCGCCGUGACUCUGCGUGUACUGGAGCAGCAAGCCAAGAUGGAGUAUGAGUGGAAGCCUGACGAACAAGGGCUUCUACAGAUCCUGCAGCUGCUCAAGGAAUCACAGUCCCCGGACACCACCACGCAGAGAGCCGUUCAACAAAAACUAGAACAGCUCAAUCAGUAUCCAGAUUUCAACAACUACCUGAUUUUUGUUCUUACAAAGUUGAAGUCUGAAGAUGAGCCGACACGUUCCUUGAGUGGUCUCAUCUUGAAGAAUAAUGUAAAAGCACAUUUUCACAACUUUCCAAAUGGGGUAACUGACUUCAUUAAAAGUGAAUGUUUGAACAAUAUUGGUGAUGCCUCCCCCUUAAUUAGAGCUACUGUAGGCAUUUUGAUAACAACCAUUGCUUCAAAGGGGGAAUUGCAGAAUUGGCCUGACCUCUUACCAAAGCUUUGCAGCCUGUUGGAUUCUGAAGAUUACAAUACCUGUGAGGGUGCAUUUGGUGCUCUUCAGAAGAUAUGCGAAGAUUCUGCUGAAAUUUUAGAUAGUGAUGUAUUGGACCGACCACUCAAUAUCAUGAUACCUAAAUUCUUGCAGUUCUUCAAACACAGCAGUCCAAAAAUAAGGUCUCAUGCUGUUGCAUGUGUCAAUCAAUUUAUCAUCAGCAGGACUCAAGCUCUUAUGUUGCACAUAGAUUCUUUUAUUGAGAAUCUUUUUGCACUGGCUGGUGAUGAGGAGCCUGAAGUACGCAAAAAUGUUUGUCGUGCUCUGGUAAUGUUGCUAGAAGUUCGAAUGGAUCGCCUGCUUCCUCAUAUGAUUAGUAUAGUUGAGUAUAUGCUUCAAAGGACCCAGGACCAAGAUGAAAAUGUUGCUUUGGAGGCUUGUGAAUUUUGGCUGACUUUGGCUGAACAGCCAAUUUGUAAAGAUGUUUUAUGUCGGCAUCUUGCUAAACUGAUACCUGUGCUGGUAAAUGGUAUGAAAUAUUCAGAGAUUGAUAUUAUUCUGUUAAAGGGGGAUGUUGAAGAAGAUGAAGCUAUUCCAGAUAGUGAACAGGACAUAAGACCUCGUUUUCAUCGUUCACGGACUGUAGCUCAGCCACAUGAAGAAGAUCGUAUUGAAGAUGAUGAUGAUGAUGAUGACGACAAUGAUCUUGAUGAUGAUGAUGAUACUAUCUCUGACUGGAAUUUAAGGAAAUGUUCUGCUGCUGCUCUAGAUGUCCUGGCUAAUGUAUUUCGUGAUGAACUUCUGCCACACAUCUUGCCGCUUUUGAAGGAAUUGCUUUUCCAUCCCGAAUGGGUAGUUAAAGAAUCUGGUAUCCUUGUUCUUGGAGCAAUUGCUGAAGGCUGCAUGCAGGGUAUGAUUCCAUAUCUUCCUGAGCUGAUCCCUCACCUUAUCCAGUGCCUCUCUAAUAAAAAGGCUCUUGUGCGCUCCAUCACUUGCUGGACUCUUAGUCGCUAUGCACACUGGGUAGUUAGUCAACCCCCAGACACAUAUUUGAAGCCAUUAAUGACUGAGUUGCUAAAGCGCAUUCUGGAUACCAACAAGAGAGUACAAGAAGCUGCCUGCAGUGCCUUUGCUACUCUAGAAGAGGAAGCUUGUACAGAGCUUGUUCCUUAUCUUGCAUAUAUACUUGACACUUUGGUCUUCGCAUUUAGUAAAUACCAGCAUAAAAACCUGCUCAUUCUUUAUGAUGCUAUAGGAACUCUAGCAGAUUCUGUAGGACAUCAUCUAAAUAAACCUGAAUAUAUUCAGAUGCUAAUGCCUCCAUUAAUCCAGAAGUGGAACAUGUUGAAGGAUGAAGAUAAAGAUCUCUUCCCUUUAUUAGAGUGCCUGUCGUCAGUUGCUACUGCCUUGCAAUCUGGAUUUCUUCCAUACUGUGAGCCUGUGUACCAGCGUUGUGUAAAUCUCGUGCAGAAAACUCUUGCACAAGCCAUGUUGCACAAUGCUCAGCCAGACCAAUAUGAGGCUCCAGAUAAAGAUUUCAUGAUUGUAGCUCUUGAUUUACUCAGUGGUUUGGCUGAAGGACUUGGACGCAACAUUGAACAGCUAGUGGCUUGCAGCAAUAUCCUGACACUAAUGUACCAAUGUAUGCAGGAUAAAAUGCCUGAGGUACGGCAGAGUUCUUUUGCACUGUUAGGUGAUCUGACAAAGGCGUGUUUUCAGCAUGUUAAGCCUUGCAUCGCUGAUUUCAUGCCCAUUUUGGGAACAAACCUAAACCCUGAAUUCAUUUCUGUGUGUAACAAUGCCACCUGGGCAAUUGGAGAAAUCUCCAUCCAAAUGGGUAUAGAGAUGCAGCAUUAUAUUCCAAUGGUGUUGCACCAGCUUGUAGAAAUAAUUAACAGACCCAACACACCAAAGACAUUGUUAGAGAACACAGCAAUAACAAUUGGUCGUCUUGGUUACGUUUGUCCUCAAGAGGUGGCCCCCAUGCUACAGCAGUUUAUAAGACCCUGGUGCACUUCUCUGCGAAACAUAAGAGACAACGAGGAAAAGGAUUCAGCGUUCCGUGGGAUAUGUACCAUGAUCUCAGUGAACCCUAGUGGAGUAGUCCAAGACUUUAUUUUUUUUUGUGAUGCUGUUGCAUCGUGGAUUAACCCAAAAGAUGAUCUCCGAGACAUGUUCUGUAAGAUUCUUCAUGGAUUUAAAAAUCAAGUUGGGGAUGAGAAUUGGAGGCGUUUCUCUGACCAGUUUCCUCUUCCCUUAAAAGAGCGCCUUGCAGCUUACUAUGGAGUUUAACCUUAUGCACUGUGGCUGCAGUCCCAUAAUUAGAGGUCCUUCAGUCUGGGAGACUAUGAGGGAGACUCUGCACCCAGGGAAAAUGUUACCCUUUACUGGGGGGAAGGGUAAACCAGUAGGGAAUACAGUACAGUCCCAACCCUACUGGGAGGGGUGGGAGGGAGGUGUUGCUGUAUUAAGUCAAUGUUGGGAAAUGUUUUAACAUCUGGAGCCUUUGUCGGUGGAAAUAGUCUCCUAUUACAACUCUGCACUGGAUGUGAAGAAGAAAAAAAGUCUAUUAACAAAAAAGCACAUUCUGGAUUAUUGUGGGGAAUUGUACCAAAAUAAGAACCAUAUAAUUGAACCAUAGGGAUACAUAAAGAGGAAAACUAUUUUACGCACAAUAAAGGAAACCUACAAAUGGA